AGCUCCUUCAGUGCUUAAAUAUUCAUAUGACAAGUUGUAGCACAUGCCUAAAGAAAUCUUAGAUGGAAAUGGAGGGCCAAAAAGCACACAAUUUCCAUGCUAGACCUCUUCCAGUCUCAAUAUUAACUGGGGUGGCGGGUGUGCCAGAAAAGAGAGUUGUGAGCCCUACCACAUUUCAACCCUUCAAGCUGUUGGCUGAUGAACGGAUGACUAUUAAAGCAGAACGUAGAAAGCAAAAGCUAAAAGAAGAGGAAAAUGGAUGGUUGAAGGCAACCACCUUCAAAGCCAGGCCAAAUACGGUUACCUACAAAGAACCGUUCAGGCCACAGAGGAGGGAGAAUCAUGCUAGCCCAAUGAAUCAGGACCAGCUGAAGGGGUCCAGGGAGGCCCUCAAAGCGGUCAUGAAGCAGGAAAGAAUCUGGGAACAGGAGCAAAUGGAGAAGGGGGCUGUUGCCAAACUUCGCCGAGAACAGGUUCACAGAGCCCAAAGAAUCAGAUGUUACAAACCACUCAAGCCCAAGGCAGAGAUUCCUGUGACUAUCCCUCAGUCUCCCCAGUUUUCUCAUAAAUCAUUUUUUGGCAAUAGAUUUUAGCAAUGCUAUGUAUAAUGUAUAAUAAUUGUAAUGUAUAAUUUAUUUAUUUUAUUUUGCUUAAUUCAUAGUUUGUUUUAUUUUUUUACCUAAAGCAGUGAUUUUCUAUUAUGAAUUUGUACAUACAAAAUGGAAUAUUUAAUAAACACUGGAUUAUUUAACAAA